AUGGAGAGAGUCACACAAAGUUCAGUUGUUAAAUUUAAGCUUUUUGCUGUGCAACCUUCUGACGAUCCGCGAACACCAAGCUUUGCCACAUUCAUGAGUUUGAAAAAUCCGUUCAAAGUGCAUAUUGUCGAUAAUAAGGCACUAGUAUAUGAUACAGAUGCAAUUCACACUCUCAGAUCACAAUACCAUAUCGUUGGGUCGCUCAUCGGUACUCUUCCACAACUUCCAAUGCAAAACCGUUUCUAUGGGUUACCGCUGAAAUUGAUGCAAGAAGAAGUAACUCUUUUAUUGUCAAAAGGUGUAAUAACGUUAAUUGAAGAUCGCAGUGCGCACAAAUGUCCGACUGAUGAUGAGAUUGAUACGUAUCGCAAGGAGAAAGCGGAAGAUGAGACAGGACAAAUUGUUGACUAUUUAAAAGCCCGAGAAGCACGAAUUGCCAAACAUACACCCAAAGCCAAAGCCAACAAAUCGGAUGAAGAUGGCAAUAGAUUAGGCUCACAUGAAACUCAAGAAGUAGAUCAGUCGCCGAUAUCAUCAUCUCCAUCACCAUUUCAACAAGAAGUGACCAUAAUAAAUAAUAUAAAGUUGGAACCACCUCGUGGAUUCUCUCCGUCUGUCACGAUUAAGACAUCCUCUUAUUUGUUUCCAUGGUAUGAUGAUAAAGGUUGUAGUUAUACUAGCCUUGAAGAAGCCAGAAGUCGAUUAAUAUGGACGUGGCCCGAGUCUGAUGAGGACAAAGGCAGAUAUAAAGUAUUUAAGGAUAUCUGGGAGAAAGGCUAUUACAUUACUAGUGGAAGCAAGUUUGGAAGUGAUUAUUUGGCCUAUCCAGGUAAUUCGAUGCUUGCUGUAAAAAUGUUGGAUGGCGAUCCACUUCAAUAUCACAGUUACUUUGCUGUAUCUGUUGUAGAUAUGGAUGCUCCAAUAAAUCCAAUAGAUAUAAUUAGAGAGGGAAGAAUGAGUACAGUUGUAAGAAAGACAAAAUUACUGUGUUCGUGGGAUAAGGAUAAAGAUGAAGUUGUAUAUGUCUCAAUCCAGUGGGCAGGAAAAUAA